CCAGUGUCGGUUUUUAAGCGUCUCUUGGCACAACCAAAAUUCAUGCAGUUUGACGAUUACUCGCUUGGCGAACCUGAUGCGUGGGGUGCAGUUUCACCGCAGGCCGGUGAUAUUGUUCGAGACGCUAUGAUGAAAGAGAAAGUAAUCAAGGAAAUACUCUCUUGCCAGGAUGAUUUGCGUGUGAUGCUUGGGCGUGUCGAUACGGUACAAAAGGAGGUCGACAAGCUAGUAUCGGAAAACGAGACGUUACAAAUGUAUAUUGAUAAUUUAACAGUCCAAAUGGCCAAGCGUAGAUAAUCUUUUCCGGCCUCUCCUCCGAGCAACGAAGGCC